AUGUGUCCGUGGCGCCACCUCGCUCUGCUCCUCUUGCUCGCGUGCUUGUUCCGGAGGCCGUGCUCAUCUGCCGCGGCGAGCGACACGCUCUCCGCUGGAGAUUCUCUCUCCGGGAACCGGACGCUGGUGUCGGCGGGAGGCGAGUUUGAGCUGGGCUUCUUCUCCCCGGCCGGAAACUCCAGCCACUACGUCGGCAUAUGGUACAAGCGGAUCCCGGGACGGACUGUCAUCUGGGUGAUGAACAGAGACUCCCCGGUCACCGACCCGUCGUCCGCGGAGCUAACCGUGGCUCAGGACGGCAGCCUACUCCUACUAACGACGAGAAACCGGUCGAAGGAUGCGAUUUGGUCAUCCAACUCGACACGUCCGUGCGACGAAGGCACGGCCGUGGCGGUGCUCCUCGACACCGGGAACUUGGUCCUGCGUGGCCGGUGCCGGCGGGGCGGCAACUCGUCGGCGAUCAUUUGGCAGAGCUUCGACCACCCGACCGACACGCUGGUGCCAGGCGGCUGGGUGGGGCUGAACAAGAGCACCGGCGCGUACCAGGCGCUCCGGUCGUGGCGGAGCGCCACCGACCCGUCCACGGGGCUGUACACGGACCGGGUCGACCCGCGCGGAUCGGCCCAGUACGUCUUCCUGUGGAACGACACGACCGUCUACCACCACAUCGGCGCCUGGAACGGGCGGUACUUCGUCCCCAUCCCCGAGAUGGGCACGUCGCCGGCCAAGUACACGUUCGUCUUCGUCAACAGCAGCGAGGAGGUGAGCUACUCGUUCCGCGUCGUUGACCAGUCGACCGUCUCGAGGCUGGUGAUGAGCCCUCACGGGCAGCUCACCAUGUACGACUGGUCCGACGCGUCCGGGCAGUGGUUGCUGCACUGGGCGACCCCCACGUCGCAGUGCGACGUGUACUCCGUGUGCGGUCCGUUCGGCCUCUGCGACGUGUCCAGCUCGCAGUACUGCCAGUGCUUGCCGGGGUUCCAGCCCGUGGCGCAGGGGGACUGGGUCAACCAGCUCUGGAGCGCCGGCUGCGCGAGGAAGACGACCUUGAAGUGCAGCGGCAACGCGCCAUCGACGGAUGGGUUUCUCCCGCUGCAAAAUGUCCAGCUGCCCGGCGGCUAUUCCCCGGUGGCUAAUGCGGGCAGCUCCGGAGGCUGUGCGUCGGCGUGCCUGAGAAACUGCUCUUGCACGGCUUUUGCUUACAGAGACGGCUGCUUGGUGUGGGACGGUGACCUUCGGAACGUUCAGCAGCUCUCCGUCGGCGAUGCCGGGGGUUCUACUCUGUUCCUCAGAGCCGCCGCCGCCGACCUUGCUGCUGCAAACCAGAGACAUGGUCGCUUUCCCAUCCUUGGCGUGUCCUCUGCUAUUGUUCUCGCGAUAAUCUGCCUGCUGGUCUUCGUUAUUGCCAGGGUUCGACGCCGUGACGAGACCGUGCACCAUGACGGCUCUCUCCUCGUGUUCAGCUAUGGUUACCUCGCACACUACGGGAUGAUGCUCCUGGAGCUCAUCUCCGGGCGGAGGAACCGUGACGCCGCGGCGCCCGGCGCCGGUGGCUGCUACUUCCCGCUCUGGGCCGCGACCAAGGUCCGCGAGGGGCAGUUCCUGGCGCUGCUGGACGAGCGGCUGGCGGUGGCGGGGCACGCGGACGUGGAGGAGGUCGGCCGCGCGUGCAACGUCGCGUGCUGGUGCAUACAGCAGAGCGAGGCGCUCAGGCCGACCAUGGGGCAGGUGGUGCAGGUCCUGGAGGGAUCGCUCCGCGUGGGCACAGCGCCCGUGCCGAGGUUCCUCGAGCAUUUGUAUGCAGAGGAUUCGUGUACAUUCUGA